AUGUCGCCAAUCUCCCAACAGCACCAAGGGGAACGCAACCAGCCCCGUUUUAAGCCUGCCGUGAUCCUCCACGGCGGCGCAGGGAAUAUCCAACGCUCCCGUCUCCCACCAGAGUUAUAUAGUCAGUACCGUACAUCCCUCCUCACGUACCUCCGUUCCACUGUCGCCAUGCUCAAUGCGGAAGUUGAGGAGACGGCUCCAUCCAAUAUCGACAUGAACGAUACUGUCCAUCACAACAUGCGCAACUCUCCCGCCAGCUCCCUGAACGCUGCAGUGCACGCUGUAUCGCUCAUGGAAGAUGACGAGCUCUUCAAUUGUGGCCGUGGUAGUGUGUUUACGUCUGCAGGUACGAUUGAGAUGGAGGCAUCUGUUAUGGUUGCGUCGCUACUUGAUGAACACAAUGUCUGUGGUUUCGAUGAGGGCGAGGCUAAGGGCUUGGCGUCGGAGCGAAUGCCGGGUUCUAUAAAGCGCGGGGCAGGCGUAAUGCUCGUUCGCAAUGUGAGACAUCCGAUUCAGUUGGCGAGAGAAGUGUUGCUGAGGACAGGGUAUGGGGAUCAUGAUAACGCUGGUGGAGGCAAUAUGCAUUCGCAGCUUAGUGGGGAGUAUGUGGAAGGCUUGGCGAGAGAGUGGGGGUUGGAAUUUUGUUCUGAUGAUUGGUUUUGGACGAAGAAGAGAUGGGACGAGCAUCGGCGGGGUUUGAAAAAAGGGAAAACAAGGGGAAGAAUGACAGAUGGCGGGAAUAUGGGAGUGGGCGUGGAGGCAAGUGGCGAGAGCGAAAUUGACGAUGGGGAUGACCUGUAUUUGAGUCAGGGAACGGUUGGAUGUGUCUGUCUUGAUCGUUGGGGGAACAUUGCUGUCGCAACUAGCACUGGUGGUUUGACGAAUAAAUGUCCUGGUCGGAUUGGAGAUACUCCAACGCUGGGAGCGGGUUUCUGGGCGGAGGCGUGGGAUGUUGAAGCGGUGGAGCCGUUGACAAACAUUAGCGUAUGUCCCGGUGGCAGUAAUGGAUCGCGAAGCAGUAGCCAGCCAAAUAGGCAUUCAAUGAUUUAUCAAGCCCAUGAUGGAUAUACCAAUCUGCUUCCAUCGCAAUUCGGCCCUGCUACGACUACCAUCAGUUCUACAGCUGGGGUAGGAGUGCCAUGGCAGUCCGAUUUCAAUCCAAAUACCAUCCUCACAUUGCUCCGCGACUGCUUCUCUUCGUCUCUCCCACGGCCAUUGGGAUAUACCAAUUUGGAACAACCUAAGUACGAUAUUGAAAAAAUUCCACUACCAAACCCUAAAUAUGGCCCGUACACAGACUCCGACACUCAGCACUGCAGCAUGCCACAGCGCCGACGAAUUGUCGCCCUCUCUGGUACAGGAAAUGGCGACUCCUUUCUCCGCACUGCAGCUACACGCACUGCAGCUGCUAUGGCACGAUUCUCAUCUGCUCAAAAGCCUGUCUCACUGAAACAAGCAGUUACUGCCGUUGCGGGACCGGGUGGGGAGUUGCAACGUUCGGCUGGAAGACGGUGGGGGAAGACGGGUGAAGGCGCGGGGGGAAUCAUUGGAAUCGAAGCGGAGGUGGAGAUUGAUGGGCAGAGACUGGGGGAGGAGAAGUUGCGGAGGGGAAAAGUCGUGUUUGAUUUUAAUUCCGAGGGAAUGUUUCGGGCGUGGACGGAGGAGAAGAAUGGGAAAGACGUGGAGAGGAUGAUGGUUUUCCGGGAUGAUUACAAGUGA